AUGGCUUCAAACCCACCUCAAAGAUGCUGUACUCUAGGUGUUAAGCACGAGGGUACACCAACUGGAUCAACUAUCAAGAUUGCUGAUACCAUUGAGACCUAUAUUGCUGAGCCUAAAGAAAAGGUUCACAAGGAUACUGCCAUUCUUUACCUUCCAGAUGUUAUCGGUAUCUGGCAAAACUCCCAAUUGAUGGCUGAUCAAUAUGCCGCUAACGGUUACUACACCAUCAUCCCCGAUCUCUUUAAUGGCGACCCAAUGUCUCUUAAUCUUCCCGAAGGUUUCGACUUCAUGCAAUGGUUAACCAAGGGUUCUGAUGGAAACAACCCACAUACAUUCCCACAUGUUGAUCCUAUUGUUCAAAAGUCCAUUGACUUCUUGAAGUCUAAGGGAUAUACCAAGAUUGGAGCUGUCGGAUACUGUUUUGGUGCUAAAUAUGUCGCUCGAUUUAUGGCUGAAGGAAAGGGUAUUGAUGUGGGAUAUGUUGCUCAUCCUUCUUUCGUCGAUGAAGAUGAACUCCGCGCAAUCAAGGGACCCUUCUCCAUCGCAGCCGCUGAAACGGAUGAAAUUUUCCCAUCCGAAAAACGUCACAAAUCAGAAGAAAUCCUCAAGGAAAUCGGUGCUACUUAUCAAAUCAAUUUGUACAGUCAAACUGUCCAUGGUUUCUCGGUUAGAUGUGAUUUGAGUAAGAAGGUGGAGAAAUAUGCCAAGGAACAAGCUUUUAUCCAGGCUGUGACUUGGUUUGAUGAGCAUUUGAUUUAG